UUCCUUGUUUUUACUCAGCUCUUUCUCUCCUCUUGAAUUCUCAGGCUCCGAGUUAGGGCCUUUCGCCCACUGGUAUCAUCUAUCACCUUCACAAGGAUCUAGACAACCCAAACGACAAUGACGAGCGCAAGCAUUGGUGUUGUACCGUAUCUGCCCUUGAAUGACGGAACGAAGAUGCCAGCUGUAGGAAUGGGUUGUUGGAUGGGAGAGGUUGGUGGUGGAGAGAGGGUGGGGAGGAUGGUCGAGAAAGCUUUGAAGUUGGGUUACAGGCAUAUCGAUACUGCCGCAGGCUAUGGGAACGAAGAGAUGGUCGGGAAGGCUAUCAAAGAAUCUGGGAUACCCAGGGAGCAGCUCUAUAUCACGACCAAACUCUCGAAUGCAGCUCACGAUAAAGUUGUUGAAGGAUUUCAGGCAUCACUAGCCAAGCUCGACUGCGGUUAUAUCGACAUGUAUCUUAUGCACUGGCCUGUUGCCAUCGUUGACGGCAAAGUGCUCCCACCCACCUCCAGCCCAACUAUAAUCGAUACCUGGCUCUCCAUGCAAUCCCUCCUACAGACGCACAAGUCUCAGCUUCGCUCUAUCGGUGUCUCCAACUUCAGCAUCAAGACUUUUACUCAGUUAGUUGCGGAUGAGAGGGUGACGGUCAUCCCCGCAACGAACCAGGUGGAAUUACACCCUUAUUUGCCACAGACGGCGUUGAAGGAGUACUGCGAGCAGAAGGGGAUUAUAUUGACGGCAUAUUCGCCAUUGGGCCAACCACCGGCCACCGCAGGUAGCUCGCCCGAAGCACCACCACUGCUUUUGGGAGACUCGAUCGUCGUGUCGCUCGCUGAGAAGUAUGGGGCCACACCCGCCCAGAUCCUUCUCAACUGGGGUAUUCAACGUGGGACCGUCGUGAUACCAAAGAGCGAGAACGAAGGCCGUAUGAAGGCUAAUAUCACUAUCGUCCACCUAGAAGAGAGCGACAUGGCUGCUCUGAAUGCUCUUCAUGACCAACCAGGAAAGCAUAGAAGUUUGUUACCUUACCAUAAGAAAGGAGACAACGGAUCUGGUGUGUUCGGAUGGAGUUACGAGUGGCUGGGAUGGGAGGGGAUGGGUGAUGGUGGUGUUAUCGGGUGAGAAUAUGUGCUAUCAUUUCAACAUUGGGUGUGGCGGGAAUGAUGGACAAGAUAGGCUGUAUCAAUUUGACGAUGUAGGAGAGAUUCGGAGGGUUGAAUGAAGGUGUACCAACGUGUAUUUGGAUUAUGUGUGUAAGAGAGAUUUGAUUA